AUGGGACGAACCCCCAUAACCAGGAAUCACCUCCCCAAUCACAUCCUGGUGUAUGAGCCUCCCAUUUCGCUUGAUCUGUUCGUAGAAGUCCGUCACCCAACGCAAAUGGUAUUCAUCGCCCAAGUCGGUGAACAGCUGAUGGAUAAUUCUUGGUCACGCACGUUCUCCGAGUGGUUGAACGGCGAGUACAUACUGGUCACUAUCGAUGGCAGCGACGAGUAUGCCGCCUCUGAACUUCCGGGAGACCCCGAUCCCAGCUUUAUCAACGGCGUACCGCGCGACGGCGACGGCCUUCGCAUCCGUCGCGUAGGAUUGCACGAAAGAUGCUUCGAGGGACUUGGUCGAAGAGGACCUUCGCCUUCGGCGAUGUCGAUCCAGUCAUCGAGGGCCGUCGGCUUUGGCUUCCUGGCACGAGGGGGCGAGGUUUUCGCGGAGGUGGGCGCCGUCGGCGAGGCUGCCGUACCAGAACGACUUUGCUGGAGGGAGCGGGGAGAAUCUUGGGUUCGAACCAGAAGUUGA